GAUGCUAAUCGUCAGGCACUUCUUUUUCACUUGUCAAAGGCUUGAAUGUCGGCUGAGUCAGGUCUCUGCCCAAGGUUUUGUGAUAUUUCAUUGUGUACUACUAGCACAAUACGCAAUGAAACAGAUCCGGCCGGUCGCAUCCGCGAAUAACCAUCAUAAACUGUCAAUGGUACGAUGUCGCUCCGUAGAUUAAACCCUGGUGCCUUACCAAGAAAUAAAUUACUCUUACCGCCUUGAGUUGUCCGACUCAAGGAAAAUAAACGCCUGGUUUUCGAUAAAGGCGCGAAUACUCCGUCAAUCCCAACAUCACAAUGAUGUAUCUGCUGUAUGUUGCUCUGUCUCUUUUCUUAUCCCUUCAACUUGCUGUUGCAGAUCCUGCCCCUACAAUUUCACGUCACUCCAAGUCAGCAUCACUAGUGACUAAGUCUCUACUAUCGGCUCUCUUGGUUCGGCGACGAAAUUUUAUUGCUCGCGCAGGGACCGAAGUGUGUCCUAGCGGAUACGUGCAAUGUGUCAACUACCCAGACACAUGUGCCCCAGUUGACAGCUACUGCUGCAAUGAUAUACACAUCUGUCCAGACGACUCUUUCUGCUUCGGUUCCGGAUGUUGCCCCAAUGACGCGCAAACGUGUAAUGGAAGUACCUGUUGUAAAUCUGACACCUCCUGUUGCGAUGACGACACCUGCUGUGACUUCGACACCUUUUGCUGCAAUGACUCUUUCGGGGGAUGCUGCCCGACUGGAUCCACGUGCAUAGCGAAUAGUUAUGAGUGUUCCAGUGGUGGUGACGGAAGCGGUGGAGGUACUACUACCACUACCACCACCACUCUUACUCCUACCACUACCACUACCACUCCUACUCCCACUUCUACUUCAACUGUGCUGCCCGAAACCACUUCUACCAGCAGCGGUGUAAUCACAUUCAACGGGUCUACAGCAACUGCGUCUUCAAGUUCUUAUUCCCCUGCAACUACUGCGUCUUCGAGCACUCUUUCCCCUACAACUAUUACAUCUUCGGGCACUCAUUCGGUCACUUCUUCGACCGUUUCAUCGUCAUCUGGAGGGUCUUCUACCACGGUCCCGAGUAUACCUGCUACUACGUCAGCUGGUGGUGCUCCUCGUGGUUUUGUACUCAUACCUGGGAAACAGCUUGCGGCCUUGGCUGCAGUUAUUUGUUUGCCCAUUCUCCGCAAUGUCGCCCGUGUAUUGUGAAUGUGCAAAAUUACUUCUCUUGUCCUUUGGGCGGGCUUGUCACAUUGUUGGGUUCGUGAUUUAUGGACGGAGGUCGCCAGAUAUCUUACCUGAUUUUUGCUUUCGUAGUUGUCGACCGUCAU